AUGCAUUCAAUCUUUGUUAUCUUUUUCUUCUUUACAAUCGCAUUUUGCUUGCCUCGCUCAGAAGAAUUUUCUGAAUUACAACCACGAGGAUCACUCUGGGAUGUCUGUUUGGACACACUCCGUACCCAGACAGUGCUGCAGGCCAACCUGGACGUCGCAGGCGGAAUAGUUAGCGGCCCCAGAUACAGCUCAACCCAUCUAGCUCCAGCCCCUCCUGAGAGGACAAUUCCCUACCGACAGUGGGGACCUGACAAUGACCACCGCAUCGACUAUCGCUCCUGGAGGUCUGAUGGUGACGGUCGAACUUAUUCAGCAUACGUCGAAAUCUUUAUUCAUGCCCCGAUCCGCCUAGAAGCUACAUUUUGGUCUGCUAUUUACGUUGGCGAAGAACCUACAAGAACACAUCACCAUUCCAUAAGCGCGCAAAAUGGCAGAUCUUUCAUUUUUAAAUUAGAUGGUCUUGACGAAGGUACCACACGAGUGUUUAAGUUUGAUGGGGAAGUCUAUAAUGUAUAG